AGUUGCCAGAGCAAUUUGUUAGAAGAGAAAGUGGGGCUGAACUACAAGAGGGAGCCGGCACUCUGCGCGGUUGGGCCGAUGUGGGAAUCGCCCCGGAGCUCAGAGGUGUUGUGGUUGUAUUCUAGGUCAGCAAAGAUGAGCUCUCGGGUAUUCAUUGGCAGACUGAGCCCUUAUGCCACUGAAAAGAAUGUGGAGAGAUUCUUCAGAGGAUAUGGACGAAUUAAGGAAAUUGAUUUGAAGAAUGGAUUUGGAUUUGUGGAGUUUGAUGAUUACAGAGAUGCAGAGGAUGCAGUUUAUGAACUAGAUGGAAAAGAGUUGUGCAAUGAAAGAGUGACAGUUGAGCAUGCCAGAGCACGAAAUAGAGGGAGAGGAGGUGGAGGAGGAGGAGGAGGAGGAGGACGAUAUCCAGGUCGCUUUAGCCAAAGCUAUCAAAGAAAUUCGGGAAGAAAUGGACCACCAGUUCGUACAGAAAACAGAGUUAUCGUUGAGAAUCUAUCCUCCACAGUGAGCUGGCAGGAUCUGAAAGAUUUCAUGAGACAGGCUGGGGAAGUUACCUUUGCAGAUGCGCACAGGCACAAAAUGAACGAAGGAAUAGUUGAGUUUGCCUCCUACAGUGAUGUGAAAAAUGCUCUUGAGAAGCUCUCUGGUACAGAGCUCAAUGGAAGGAAGAUCAGAGUGGUUGAGGAAAGUAAACCACGCAGGUCUCGCAGUAGGUCUCGUUCCCGUAGCCGAAGCUCUUCCAGGUCUCGCUCCAGGGACCGUAAGUCCUACAGCCGUUCCAGGAGUAGGAGUCGCAGUAAAUCCCGAUCUGAUAGUAGAUCACCUGCUCCUGCUAAGGAGCAGAAAGGCCAUUCCUCAAUGACCACUGGAGAUCGUGCAAGAUCACGUACCCGAUCACCUUCUGGUGAGAGUACAGACUAAUAAGCCUGUUGAUGUGGACUUGAGUGAGUGAAGGUUGAUGUAAAGAAUUGAAUUUGUGUGAAAAAUGCAAAUUUUAAAUUUGUUAAAACUGUAGUUGCAUUUAUUGAACUGCAUUCAUUUAACUUGUCACUUACAGAUUUAAAUUACUCAUUUACUUUAUUGGAUUUGGUUUAUUUGCAAUGAAUCCAAUGUUUUUUUACUUUUGGUAUUAAAUGUAAUGAUGUAAAUUACAUUUCUCUAAUGUACUCCUUUUAAAUAAAGAAUGUACAUAGUUACUUUGAGUUUGAUAA